GGGGCAAUUACAUUUUUUGCCAUGCGGCCCAAGAUUCCUGACGGCGCCCCUCAAUAUUUCUAUAUUAGAAAUUAAAAAUACACAUUCUGUUACUAUACUGCACUAAACUAAAGUCCUUUGACCACAGAGUUGAUCUAAUUACUUAUAAAAGUGGUGAACUGAAUUCAUUGAAUCAUACCAAAGCAAGUCCGUUUCUAACAAAAACAUUUCUUAUCAUUAAUUCUUGUUGUCAUCGUCUUCAGCGUAAUCUCAGUUAUAUCCAGUUCUGUAAAAUAAAAUAACCAUGGUGAAUGUGUUGAUAUGGAUUUAAAGUGAAGCUGAGGUAAUGGAGAAGUGAAACAUCUUGGGAUGACUGAGUCUGAUGCGCUGAGACUCUCCAGAUUCAGUCCCCGGAUUCUGACCGGAGCGCAUCUCUUCUGCUGAGUUCCAUCUGAAACACGGAUAGGAUGGACGCGUUCGGUGAGACGGACAGGGCGUGCUGAGGGUGACUCUUUUUUGUUUCUAUUCAUGGGGACGUUUUUAAAUAAAAGUCAAAUCCGAGGCCACCUGAGCCAGCCGCAGGUGGAGGCGGCCGGAGACGACAUACGUGGACCGGACCGGGUCCUCGGCGUCCGCGCGCUGACCGGCUGCGUCCUGUGCGUCCUGAUCGUCUCCACUCUGCUGGGCAACACGCUGGUCUGCGCCGCCGUCAUUAGGUUCCGUCACCUGCGCUCCAAAGUCACCAACUCCUUCGUGGUGUCGCUGGCGGUCUCCGACUUGUUCGUGGCCGUGCUGGUGAUGCCGUGGCGCGCGGUCUCCGAGGUGGCCGGCGUCUGGCUCUUCGGGCGCUUCUGCGACACCUGGGUGGCUUUCGACAUCAUGUGCUCCACCGCGUCCAUCCUCAACCUGUGCAUCAUCAGCAUGGACCGCUACUGGGCCAUCUCCAGCCCGUUCAGGUACGAGCGCAGGAUGACGCGCAGGUUCGCCUUCCUGAUGAUCGGCGUCGCCUGGACGCUCUCGGUCCUCAUCUCGUUCAUCCCGGUGCAGCUCAGCUGGCAUCGCGCGCACAACUCCAGCCGCGCCGGCCCGGGAGACUGCAACGCCAGCCUGAACCGGACCUACGCCAUCUCCUCCUCGCUCAUCAGCUUCUACAUCCCCGUGGUCAUCAUGGUGGGCACGUACACGCGGAUCUUCCGCAUCGCGCAGACCCAGAUAAGACGCAUCUCCUCUUUGGAGAAGGCUCCAGAAGCCCGCGCGCAGACGCAGCGGCUCUCCACCUCGACGCACAACGAAAGCACGCUGAAAACGACCUUCAAGCGGGAAACUAAGGUCCUAAAGACGCUGUCCAUCAUCAUGGGGGUGUUUGUGUUUUGCUGGCUGCCGUUCUUUGUCCUGAACUGCGUGGUGCCGUUCUGCAACGCGGACCAGCCGGGAGCCGCGCCGUGCGUCAGCGACACCACUUUCAGCAUCUUCGUGUGGUUCGGCUGGGCCAACUCGUCCCUGAACCCGGUCAUUUACGCGUUCAACGCGGACUUCCGGAAGGCCUUCUCCACCAUCCUGGGCUGCAACCGAUGCUGCUCCGCCUCGGCGGUGGAGACGGUGGACUUCAGCAACGAGCUGGUGUCCUAUCACCACGACACCACGCUGCAGAAGGAGCAGGUGACGACGGGGCUCGGGCCGCAGAGACUCGUCCCGGCGCACACGGCCGGGGAGCUUCAGCAGAACUUCGACAAACUUUCCGAAGAUCCCCGGUACCAGCGGAAUCUGCUGCUCCCUGCCCUCCUGCAGUUUGAGUGCGAGCCGGAGAUCUCCUUAGACAUGAUGCCCUUUAGCUCCUCAGAGCACAACGACUGCUGUGUUAUUCCGGGUCAGAUCCAGGACCUCUGAGGGUUUUCAGAAACUAGGCCAAGAUGAACUAUUACCUGGAAAUAUAUCAGAUUAUUUUUUUUAGAAGAUGUAUUAUCGUCCCCCCUUUUUUUAUUUCAUCUGGCUCCUCUGCAAAGUCAUUUACUUAAGUGAACACAUCUCAAUCAGGUAGCAUAGUAAAAAUAAUCAAUUGGUUUAAUUAUUACAUUCAAAAAAUGAAUUUCAUAAACUCACCCUCGCACACAGAAUGAAAUAUCCCAGGUG